AUGGGGGACAUGACACCAGCAGAGGAGAUCGAGCUUGGGGCUGCUCACUGCCAGCUGUUUGACUCCGGCAUGAGGAAUGAAGCAAGAAGACUGAGGACUUUUCGGCAAUGGCCUAGCACCUCACCUGUAUCUGCCCGGGAUUUGGUCAAAGCUGGCUUUUUCUUUGUGGGUCCAGGAGAUGAAGUACAGUGUUUCUGCUGUGGUGGUGUCCUGAUGGACUGGAGACCUGGUGACUGCCCAACAGCAGAGCACCUGAAGUUCUUCCCUUCCUGUAAAUUCAUUUGUGGUGAAGAUGUCGGCAAUCAAGAGAUGUUUCCUCUUCAGGAAAUCUUUGACACUGUCGAUGGGCAGUUCCUCAGUCUUUUGCAGGGGAUAGACAAUGAAGAGACAGCCCUGCCCAACGAACCAGAAUACCCAGAGAUGGUAACAGAGGAGAUGAGACUGACUACAUUUCAGAACUGGCCGCAAUAUAGUGACAUGCAUCCCGAGCAACUGGCUAGAGCAGGAUUCUUUUACACAGGCCAAGCUGACGUAGUGAGGUGUUUUUACUGUGAUGGAGGUGUGAGGAACUGGUCAUUCGGAGAUGAUCCUUGGAGGGAACAUGCCAAAUGGUAUCCAGGCUGUGACUUUUUAUUGCGGACAAAGGGAAGUGAAUUUGUCAGCAGUGUUCAGGAGUCUUUCUCUAGCACCCUGCUAUCUCCAAGAGAUUCCUGGGAUCAGACUGAACAAAAUUCCUCUGCUUCCCCAGAUGCUGCUCAGAGAGGGACUGGAACAUCAAGUUUGAGAGAAGAAACACAACCUGUGCAACAAAAGGAAUCAGAUGAAUCUCGGAUGAGCACAGAAGAACAGCUUCGGCGCCUGCAAGAGGAAAGGAUGUGCAAAGUGUGCAUGGACAGAGAUGUGUCUGUUGUAUUUGUUCCUUGUGGCCACCUGGUAGCUUGUGGAGAAUGUGCCCUCAAUUUGAGAUUGUGUCCUAUCUGCAGAGCGGUCAUCCGGGGAAGUGUGAGGACUUUCAUGUCCUGA